AUGCUGCGGCCGUUCUUGAUCCUCGCAGGAGUCAUCUUUGGCACAACAGCUCACCAAGGAGGACACUACCAUGACUCUGUCAACACAAUUCCACGUGCGGUGGCAGGCCAGAGCCUUGCUGGGACCGGGCCGGUCCGCCCGUUCCGUCUUGACCAAGUAUCUCUAGAAUCCAGCCUCUUCACGGAGAAGCGAGACAGGAUUAAAUCAUUCAUCAAGAACUACGACGAGCGGCGGUUUCUUGUACUCUUCAACAAUCAAGCCGGCCGGCCCAAUCCAGCAGACGUCACCACCCCCGGAGGCUGGGAAGAUGGCGGCCUGCUGAGCGGCCACUGGACAGGCCACUACAUGACUGCCCUAGCCCAGUCCUACGCCGAGCACAAGGAGGAAUCCUACAAGCAAAAGCUCGACUGGAUGGUCAGCGAGCUCGCGGCAUGCCAGGAGGCCAUCACGGCCCGGAUGUCCUCCCCGUCUCCCGACCCAGCCCUCUGGACCCCGACACACCCAGGCUAUCUCGGCGCCCUGCCCGAGGACACGGCCCUGCGCCUCGGGCCGCCACGCUGGGCCGUGUACGGGGGCAACCUGAGCACAAACACCUGGGCGCCAUGGUACACGCAGCACAAGAUCAUGCGCGGGCUGCUCGACGCGUACUACCACACGGGCAACACGCAGGCGCUGUCCGUCGUCACGCGCAUGGCGGACUGGGCACACCUGGCGCUCACGCUGGGCGACAUGAACCACCCGCUGUACUCGGGCAACAACAUCACCCGCGCCGAGCUGGACCGCAUGUGGGACCUGUACAUUGCGGGCGAGUUUGGCGGCGCGAACGAGGUGUUCCCCGAGAUCUACAAGCUCACGGGCGGCAACGACACAAAGCACCUCGAGACGGCCAAGUUUUUCGACAACCGCGCGAGCCUGUUCCCCGCGGCCGUGCAGGACCGGGACAUCCUCGUGGUCGGGCCCGCGGAGCUGGCCGCCAUCAACGCCGGCGGCAAAGGUCGGCGCCGGGAGCGGCUCCACGCCAACACGCACGUCCCGCAGUUCGUCGGGUACCUCCGCGUGUACGAGUACACGGGGGAGAGCGAGUACCUCGCCGCGGCCAAGAACUUUUACCACUGGAUAGUUCCGCACCGGCUGUUCGCGAGCGGCGGGACUGGCGGGACGUACCCGGGCGCCAGCGACGGCACGAACCCGGAGCUGUUCCAGAACCGCGGCAACAUUGCGCGGGCGAUUGCCGAGAACGGGGCAGAGACGUGUACGACGUACAACGUGCUCAAGCUCGCCAGGGGACUGUUCCUGCUUGAGAACGGGGCCGAGGGCUACAUGGACACAUACGAGCGAGGAUUGUUUAACAUGAUCCUGGGUUCCCGCGCCGACCAGGAUAGCACCAACAACGACGACGACGGCCCGCUGCUGACGUAUUUCCAGCCGCUGACCCCCGGGUCUCGGCGCGAGUAUGGCAACACGGGCACGUGCUGCGGCGGCACGGGUAUGGAAAGCCACACGAAGUAUCAGGAGACGAUCUACUUCCAGUCUGAUGCCGCAGGCGGUGGUGCAUCUGCAACACUGUGGGUGAACUUGUACAUUGCCUCGACGCUACAGUGGGAGGAACGAGGAGUGGUGGUAAAGCAGGACACGGCCUUUCCAAGGGACGACCUGGUGACUUUCACAAUCUCUCGACCCGACUCGGCGUCUACAGACGACAUCAGCCUGGCCAUCAAAUUGCGCAUCCCAGCCUGGAUCCGCCCAGGAACGCUCUCUCUCCUCAUCAAUGGCGAGCAGCAGCAAGAACUGGAGCAGACCGCGAAACCCGGUUCCUACCUCACACUCCCCAAGAGCACCUGGCGGCCCAACGACACCAUACAGCUCAAACUGCCCAUGACCAUCCGCGUCGAGCGCGCGAGCGAUCGGCCAGACACCCAGGCGCUCAUGUACGGCCCCGUGCUGCUCCAGACCGUCGGCAGCCCCCCUCCGGCUUCCAGCAACGACACGGCAGACAACGGGCCGCCCUUCUGGGAGUUGUCCCUGUACCAGUACCUCAAGCUGGACGGGGACUACUCCCGGGCAGCCAUCGUAGCUCUAAACACCACCAGCACCGCCACCACCAGGAGGAGGGCCAACGGCGGCAACGACGACGACCCGCUCUUCACGACAACCACCACCUCCGGCCAAGCCCUCCCCGUGCGGCCGUACUACAUCAGCAUCCCGGGGGACCCGGUGUCGUCGUACUUCCGGCGCGUCGAGCCGACGAUCCUGUUCGGCACCGUGCAGACGCACAUCACCAACCGCAAGCGCGAUGACGGCCUGCCCGCGUAUAACGUCCCCGUGCAAGGUGUCCCCGCUCCGGGCCACGACGGGCUGACUUUCCUCGACGUCGUGUGGGACCAGGCCCCCUUUGCGGACCACGCGCGGUUCGUGAGCACCGUGGACAAGGUGAUGAGCGACUUUGUGGCGCUGGGCGUGUACGAUGAUGCCGAGGCCCAGGUGGUUGUUGACAAGGCCAAAGAGGCGGAGAGGGAUCUGGAUCCCGCUGGGGAUUGGUAG